GACAUUGUUAUCCUUCGGCCACGCGGUUCUGAGAAUGUGGCCCAGAUGUAUCGGCAGUUCUGCCGACGAUUCCGCGUCCGCCGCGCAGCCAUCGAGGCCUGGCUUAAGUUUCUCGCCGCCAAUCACCCUGGCUACAGAGACUUUACCCUUAACUACGACAAUCUCUCUCAGCUCCCCGAGGAUGGCAAUGUAUUUAACCAACAUACCAUCCAUGAGGUCAACGAUACAACGGGCGUACCUGCCGAUUUUGGCCCUGCUGAUGAAUCAGUUGAAGAGCCGGAGCCUGAAGAUGGUGAUGUUGUAGAUGAAGCUGCUGUGCCCAACUUGCUAAUCCAAAAGACCGAGCUUAACCAGCUCCGUGGCUAUGUUGAAAAGACUGUUACAGAAGAUGCCGAGCAGGUUCCCCUACAGCCAGCAAAUCCUCAACCCGCACACUAGCUGCAGAUGCCAUCUAUCCGUCGCACGCCUUUGGAUGAAUUUAACCAGAAGUA